AUCUCACGUGCAGUUUGACUCAGAAACGACAGGUGGCGCCCAAGUAUUACUCUUCUUGUUAGGGAGACAACCACGACAUUGAAGCAGAAGAAGACAACGAAGAAGAGAAGGGGAGACAGUUCAGAGCGUUGUAAUGGUGAGGCUAUUUGCCCCUUUUUACGCACUUCGAAUCUUUCUGUCAUGUUCCGAAGCUUAUGGUUCAUCUACUUGUGCAUUACAUAUACUGUAUGUACACAAUAGCGAUGUGCUACAUGCUACCGUUAUGGUUGCUAUUUCAGAGGCUUCCAUCAUCAGUCAUACUACGCUCGUUCUUACCGAUUUUUGUUUUGUUUUGUUAUAAAUGCAGUCUGGAUCUUUUAAGUCUCGUUCAUUUCUCUUAUACACAUUGAUCACACGUAAUUCUCAUAUGCAUGAUUGUCAAUCAAUGGACUCACAGUAUAUGACGAUAGGUAAUAGGAAUAAUCAGCAACAUUUAAAAGGUAAAUUCCUUGCUGGUUUGGCUGGGCACUGCUUUAUGUUGACCGACAACUGUGAAACACAGAAAACACAGAAAUAAUCCAAAUCCUAAUAUACAGAAACAAUAUAAAACACAUGUGACAGGAUAAUCCUGCAAAUUAAAAAAUAAUGCAAUCACAUAAAUGCUAGAGGAUCAAAAGAUAGUCUUUCAAACAUAUUGGUAAACACUCUUUUCUAUGCCAAUUAUUCUCACUAGGGUUAUGGGUAUUUACGCUAAAAAAUAAAUGCUAAUAUGAUAAUUCCAAUUAGAUUAUUAGAAUAUUGUCAUUCUGCCUCUUCGAAGCCAGACAAUUUUCUUCAGAGCAUCCCGCUCAUGUAUUUAAAUAUGGAUAUAUCUUUCUCCCCUGGUACUCUAGCAAACUUUUGUCUUGUUCCGUAAACUUGCAUCCUUGUUUUGAUUGUUUUCCGCUGUCAGUGUAUGAUAUUGCUACUCCCUGUAUGAAGAACACGCAAUCGGAGCACAUGUGUGUUUGAACGCAGGGCUGCAGUUUCCAUGGCGACCACCGAGUACACCACCGAGCUUGCUGCGGUAACUACAACUGCCUCACCAAGCAAAGAAAGGACAAAACCUGGUGGCCACACCCCCCGGCGACGAGCUGCUGCCACUGAAGUGAGGCGUGGUGAAAGAAGAAACCUAAAAGAGAAAAGAAAGCUUCAGAAGGGCAAGAGGCGUGGCCAAGAGGAGAAAGUGGGCGUGACAGUGAAGAGGACGUGGAGCGGCGGCAAGCGGCGAUGGGAUAAGAAACAUUAUUGCGUGUUCUGCCGCCGACCACAAGUGAAGAUCGCUCGCCACCUGCUCAGGAAACAUGCAGAUGAAAAGGAAGUUGCCGCCGCCAGCAUGCUGCCGACAGGCUCCAAAGAACGCCACCUGUUGCUGGAACAGCUCCGUUGCAGAGGAAACUACCUGCACAAUAUCGAGGUGAUCAGACAGGGUCGCGGAGAGAUCGUCCCGUGGCGUCAGCCCUCACAGGAAGUGGAUGCCAGGAACUACCUUCCGUGCCCGGUCUGUCUUGGCUUCUUCCUGCGUGCUGACCUCUGGAAACACCAGGCUUCUUGUCGCAGGAAAAUGGCCUCUGACCCCACCAAUGAUUCAAAUCACCUGAUAGCAUUGAUGACCUGUGACCCCACAAAGAACACAACCUCUGACUCAACAAGUGAUGGGAUCAGUGACUUACCAGAAGAUGCAACUCUCCAAAUAUCUACAUCUACAUCGGACAAGGCUGGAGCGUCUGAGCUUGUAACAACCAUCUCUGAACUCGGACCGGAGCCUCCCAGGAAACGCUGCAGGGUCCAGGCUGCGGCAUCCCGCCUUCUGCCUAUUUGCAGCGAAGCCUCUGAGAGCUGCAGUGAAAUCCUGCACCGCAUGAACCAGGACCAUGUCUCAUAUCAGGUGAAAUCUGAUUGGUUGAUCUGUAAGUAUGGGAACACACUGAUGGGCAACCAAGACAGCAGCCAAAUGAGGUAUGACUACGUCAGUCAGAAGCUGAGGAAGCUUGGCAAGUUCCUCCUGGCUGCUAAAUCUUUGGACUCCGGCAUUCAGAACCUCCAGGACCUCCUGACUCCAAGAUGCCUCAACCUGGCAUUGGCUGCUGCUAGGAAGGCAUCCGGUUAUCAGUGGAGCCGCCCCCCCCUAUCGGUGAAGACGACGCUCAAGACUGUUUGCGAGAUUGCCAUAGGAGAGAGCCUUCAAGAUGGCGACUGGGAGACUGCUGCCAGGACUACUGACUUCUAUCAUCUCCUCGGGAGGGACUGGGACAACCUGGGCCUACUGGCCACUAAAUCAGCAGCGGAGGAUGAGAAGCUGAAGAAUAAACUGGUCCAAUCGAGAGGUGAAAAGUGUCAGGGCCCUGGUGAAGAGGACUCUCACUGCCAACCACAGCACCUUAGCUCCGUAGACCCGACUGAGAAUGUAAACCGUAAGAUGGAGUCCAUACUAAAGAGUCCUGCGACAGCACAUAAGAAGGUCCAGCGUCGUCCAUGGUCGUCGGCGGAAAAGGAGGCCGUCUGGAGACAACUUGGAGUCCAUGUGCUGGUGCAGACUGUACCAGGCAAGGAGGUCUGUCAGAGAUGUCUGGACUUAGAACCUGUUCUCAGGGGACGACACUGGAAAGACGUCAAAAACCAGGUUCACAACCAGAUCCAGAGCCAAAAGAAACAACAGUUCCAUGCUCAGAUGGAUCUUCAGGAGAACCAAGAUCAACAAGAUCUACCCCAAAACCCGGUGAAGCAACAGCCAGUACAAGUGAAGCCACAGCUUAAAGUCCUCAUCCAGAACCAGAAGAAACAACCGUGUCAUUCCCAAUUGGAUUCUGUGGAACAAAUUCAUAAUCAGAACAUCAAACAUCAGUACCAAACCCAAAUGGACCAACAAAACGAGGACAACCUGCAAAAUAAACAGCAGUGCCAGGCCCAAAUGGAGCCCCAAGACCACAUUCAAGUCUGCAAGAAGGAACAGUGCCAUGCCAGACUGGAUCACCCGGAGCACAUUCAGGACCACAAAAGGAACCUUUACCAUAUGGACCAGCAGAACCAAGGACCACAAAUUAAUAUGAACAGGGAGAGUUUCACACUUACUGAUGCACCCUUUGGACCUGAUGGGACACGUUGUGCCCCAGAGCAGUUGCUGGAUAAGGCCGUCAGUCCUUAUGGACUUGCACAAAGAACUCCUGGGCCCCACAUGGACCAGAUGUCCAGAACUCUAUGGACAGAUGAAUGUCUAGCCCAGAACCUCCCCGUCAACAAGCCAUUGGCUAGGAACUUCCUCCAGGAUCUGGUCCCUGGGGUACAUCCAUCUAACACAUAUUCUAGGAAUACGCACUACUGAGCCUAAUUCUGUAGCAUCUUUGUCUUCUCCUAAUUGAUCAAUAUCCACAUUUCAGUUUGGGUUCUACUUCUCGAAGAACCUAACCAGGCAUUGACCUGGUAACAUAGUCAGGAACCUCCUGUAAGAAGAUCAACCCCAUCUGAAGUGACAGGUACUCACACUAGCUCAGACAUGGUACACAAUGGUCCAUAUUUGGUCCAUAAGGAAUCACUGAUAUUGGUGAAAAAUCUAAUUUUAUUGUUAGUAUGAACUUUGGUAGGCGGCACGGUGGACAAGUGGUUAGCACGCAGACCUCACAGCUAGGAGGACCGGGGUUCGAUUCCACCCUCGGCCAUCUCUGUGUGGAGUUUGCAUGCGUGGGUUUUCUCCGGUUUCCUCCCACAUUCCAAAAACAUGCUAGGUUAAUUAGCGACUCCAAAUUGUCCAUAGGUAUGAAUGUGAGUGUGAAUGGUUGUUUGUCUAUAUGUGCCCUGUGAUUGGCUGGCCACCAGUCCAGGGUGUACCCCGCCUCUCGCCCGAAGACAGCUGGGAUUGGCUCCAGCACCCCCGCGACCCUCGUGAGGAAAAAGCGGUAGAAAAUGAAUGAAUGAACUUUGCUCUAUUUUUUCUCUUUUUCAAUUUUUUUUAUGGACUAUUUAAAAAAACAUUAAUAUUAUUGACUGUAUGUUACUAAAAUGUUAUUUUCCCUCAUAACAUGACAUUAAAAUUAUGACUUUUUGGCUUUAUUCUGGUAAAUUUACUGCGGAUUUUUGAUUUUUUUUUCAUUUUAGAUAUUUUUGUUACAUUUUUUAAUGGGCCAUUAAAAAAAACACGUCACAAAUGACACCGGGGCUGCACUUUGGACACCACUGGACUAGUGUGAGUACAUAUGUUGCAUUUCCUGUAAUGAACACCUUGUAAUUAUUUACUCUGUGGUGUCAUGGUGGUCUUAACACCUGUACUUGAAAUCCUUCAGCAGGUCAACUAAUAAAACGCGAAUGUAAUGGUAGAGGAAACACUGAAAUAAUUCAAUGAAAACGUUUUUUUCCCCUGCAACAUCUGAUAAAAGUGUUGGUCCAAUGAGACCAUGUCGAAGCACGUGCGUGACGUAGCGUUCUAAGCACGCACA